AGACUCUUUGACAGUUAAUAGCGAAGUUUCGUUUCUUGUUCGUCUUCUAUGUAACCCUGUAACUCAAUGUUCUGUGCCUAUAACCUAUAACCAUAUUUUUAUUUCCAAUUUUCCAACUCGUAAAUAAACAAGGGUUUUGAAAAUGAUUCGGCAAUUUGGAUAAAUUUGAUUUAACCAACGCAACAAUUUACUGUAUGAGAAAUAAAAUAUGUGGAAGCUAAUUCAGUGCUCAUCAAAUGUCCACAACACUUUUAGGCAUACUAUCCUCCAACAAUGCCGUUCAACAAGACCCACAUAUUACAACAAUAUCAGAAAGGCAUUCUUUCAUGCGCCCAGCAAGACAAGGGUCUCAAAAUGCGCCCCCAAAAUUAUACCCAUCGGACUGAGUCUUGCUGGUGGGGCCUUCGUAAACGUGAUGAUAAGUAGGAAUAAAGUAUUGUGUGAACCGAAAACACGGAUGGCGGGGUAUAGGACAGUCUCUGAUAAGAAUUUGAGAUUUGAUUGGGCUAAAUUCUGGACAUAUCUGAGGCCACAUAUUUGGUAUUUUAUAGCUGCUAUUGCUGGUGCUCUAGUUGUGGCAGUUCUGAACAUACAGAUUCCUCAAGUGAUGGGCGGUCUGAUAAAUAUUUUGGCCAAAUUUACUGAAAGUAAGGAUAGUCUUCAGUUUAUGAACGAAAUAAAACCAACAGCAUUCAAAUUGAUUGGGAUGUAUAUUGCUCAGAGCGUCUUCACCUUUUUUUAUAUCACAAUGCUCUCUAAUUUGGGCGAAAAAAUUGCAUACUGUAUGAAAACAGAUCUAUUUUCUUCAAUCUUGGACCAAGAUAUAGCAUUUUUUGAUAAAAACAGGACUGGGGAAAUCAUAACUAGGCUGACGUCAGACAUACAAGAUUUCAAAAGUAGCUUCAAACAGACUGUGUCAGGUGGUUUAAGGGCAGCAACUCAAAUCUUAGGUUGUUCAGUUUCACUAGUGAUGAUCUCGCCUGAAAUGACAUUUGUCACUUUACUCUGUGUACCUUCUGUGAUUGCCGUGGGGACAAUUUUCGGAUCUUUGCUUAGAGUGACAUCGAGAAGAGCUCAGGCUCAGAAUGACAAAACUACGGCAGUUGCAGAUGAAGCUGUCAGUAAUAUAAGGACCGUCAGGGCAUUUGCAAUGGAAGACCAAGAAAAAGAACUGUUCAACGCAGAAGCAGAGAAAGGGAUGUCCCUAAGUCAGAAUUUAGGCGUUGGAAUUGGUUUGUUUCAAGCUGGAACUAACUUGUUCAUUAACGGAAUGGUUUUAAGCACACUUUACAUGGGUGGUUAUCUUCUUUCAACAAAUAAACUGUCAGCUGGUGAAGUUAUGGCAUAUCUAAUGGCCUCACAAACGAUACAGAGGUCUCUUGCCCAAGUUUCAUUGCUUUUCGGGUCAGUUAUAAGAGGGGUAGCUGCAGGGUCCAGAAUUUUUGAGUAUAUAAAUAUGCAACCAACGAUGCCUCUAAAAGGUGGAAAAAUCAUCCCAGAUGGUUUACUGAAAGGUGACAUCAUGUUCAAAAAUGUCACUUUUGCCUAUCCGACAAGAAGGCAACAGGAGGUUCUUAAACAUUUCAACUUAACUGUACCCGCCGGGAAAACUAUCGCUAUUGUAGGUGCGUCUGGUAACGGGAAAUCUACCGUUGUGGCACUUUUAGAAAGGUUUUAUGAUGUCAAAGAAGGGUCUAUAACGCUUGAUGGGCAAGAUAUAAGAACUUUGGACCCGACUUGGUUGAGAAAAAGGGCGUUGGGACUCAUCAGUCAAGAACCGGUCCUUUUUGGUACUUCUAUAAUCGAAAAUAUUCGGUACGGAAAACCGGACGCUACAGACGAAGAGGUGCAAAAAGCAGCAGUGUUGGCGAAUGCGGAUGAAUUUAUAACAAGUUUUCCAAAAGGUUACAAUACUAUGGUAGGAGAAAGAGGUGUCACACUUUCAGGGGGUCAAAAGCAAAGAAUCGCUAUCGCAAGAGCUCUUUUGAAGAAUCCUUCAGUGCUUUUGUUAGAUGAAGCUACAAGUGCGUUAGAUGCAGAGUCUGAGAAAAUAGUCCAAGCUGCUUUGGAAAAGGCAAGGGCAGGACGGACGGUUAUUGUGAUAGCACAUAGGUUAUCUACUAUACAAAAUGCUGACUUGAUCGUAGUAUUAGACAAAGGUCAGAUUGUUGAGAUGGGGACGCAUGAAUCUUUGAAGAAACUGAGAGGCUACUAUUGGUCACUGACGUAUCAACAACAACAGCAUUCUCCUGCAGGUUGAGGAGAAACUAUUUUUUUAUAUUAUACAGGACGUUUGUUAAAUAUGGGGUAAACGUUGUCCUUUGAUGAGAAUUUUUGAAGAAACAUAUAUUAUCUAUUUUGUAUUAUUUAUGCGGAAAAGGGAUGAAUAAAUUAUAUACAAUGUU